CUCGCCCGCCACGUUGUCAUGGCGACGCACGUACACAGGCCGGGCAGUCGCGCGGGGCGCGGGCCAAGCUGGAGACUCGGCAGAGCGCGGCGGGCCGCCUCUUCCUGGGUCUGGCAAGCAGCUCCUAGUCCGCAGGGCUCUCGGAGGAGAACAGAGCCCCAGCUUCCUCCUCCUGCCAGGGAAAUCAGAAAGAAUGAAAGCGUAUUUGAAGAGCGCUGAUGGCUUUUUUGUCCUGAAUAAAAGCACCACAAUCGGCAAGCAUGCAGAUUCAGACCUCGUCUUACAGGACCACCUUGUGCGGGGUCAGCACCAUCCACAGUGGCCCGGGCCCUCCACGUCAAUCAUUAAUCAAGAGCAUGCCCCGCCCCCAGGCUUGUGCACAUGCAGAUCUGAUGCGGAGUCCGCAGAUAUCGACAACCACCAUGCCCUCAUUGAAUUCAACGAGGCCGAGGGCACCUUCGUCCUUCAGGACUUUAACUCCCGCAACGGCACGUUUGUCAACGAGUGCCACAUUCAGAAUGUGGCGGUGAAGCUGAUCCCUGGGGACAUUCUGCGGUUCGGGUCUGCAGGGAUGACCUACGAGCUGGUCAUUGAGAACCCGUCCCCGGUCUCCUGCCCAUGGGUGAGGGGCCCAGCACCUUGGCCAAGUCCACAGCCACACCUGUCGUCCUCGCCACCCGACAUGCCCUUCCACCACGGUAUCCAGCCAGCAACAGUGCAGAGAAGUUGGUCACAGGGUUGUCCCAGACCCACCAUGGUCCCACCUGCCCCUCACCAGCGGCCCAUGAGUGCCAGCGGGAAGAUGUUUUCCUUUGUGAUGGACCCAAAGUCCCCUGUCAUCAACCAAGUGUGGGCCAACGCUAUGGACAUGUCAGAGCAAUGCAUGAUGGAUGGACUCUCCGGGACGAUACCUCCCACCGAGAUCUUCAUGGACCACGACCUAAGCCAGCAAGACAAGGACGAGAUCAUUCUGCUCUUGGGGAGAGAGGUUAAUCGGCUCUCUGACUUUGAAAUGGAGUCCAAAUAUAAAGACGCUCUGAUCAUGAACCUGCAGGCUGAGGUGGCCGACCUGAGCCAAAGGUUGUCAGAGACAGCCGCUGUCGCCGCAGCCAGGCAGAGUAACAGGUGUGACCCGAAGCUCCAGGGCGUGGAUGAAGGCGACGAUCUCAGGCAGAAGGAGAUUGAGAGCAUGAAAAGCCAGAUCAACGCUCUUCAAAAAGGCUAUAGCCAGGUGCUGAGUCAGACCCUGGCAGAGCGCAACACGGAAAUCGAAUCCCUGAAGAAUGAGGGCGAGAACUUAAAGAGAGACCAUGCCAUUACAUCAGGGAUGGUGACAUCUUUACAGAAAGACAUGUCAGCACGCAACGAGCAAGUUCAACAGCUGCAGGAGGAGGUAAAUCGACUGAGGAUCGAGAACAGGGAGAAGGAGUACCAGCUGGAAGCCCUGAGCUCCAGGUGUUCAGUGAUGAAAGAAGAGCUAAGAAAGGAAGAGGCUCAGAAGGAUCGCAGGGAGGCCCAGGAGAAAGAGCUGAAGCUAUGCAGAAGUCAAAUGCAAGACAUGGAGAAAGAAGUGAGGAAGCUCAGAGAGGAACUAAAGAAGAACUAUAUGGGUCAGAACAUCAUCUCCAAGACGCUACGAGAAAAGAACAAGGUCGAAGAGAAGCUUCAGGAAGAUUCCAGAAGGAAAUUGCUUCAGCUGCAAGAAAUGGGGAACAGAGAGAACCUCAUUAAAAUCAAUUUGGAAAGGGCAGUAGGCCAGCUAGAGAACUUCAGAAACCAGGUCAUCAAAGCCACUUUCGGAAAAACAAAGCCAUUCCGCGACAAGCCCAUCACGGACCAGCAGAGGCAGCACCUCAGGGCCUGCAUCCCUCCCCACCGAGCCAGGACCUGUGCUCCCACUUUGCAGUCCCUGCCUCGCAGAGCAGGCUGCCUUGAGACAUCUUACUGUCUGUCCUCUGGCCAGCUGAUAGAGAAGAUCAUCCAGGUCACCGAGGACAACCUCAGCUUCCAGCAGAGGAAGUGGACCCUGCAAAGGGAGACCCAUCUGCACCCCAAGCAAGAGGAGACCAUGCACAGCGUGGAGAAGCUGAGGGUGCUGCUGGACAAGUGCCAGGCUUGCAUGAGGGAUUCCUGCAGCAGCAUCGACCUGAAGAAGGAGGUGGAGCUCCUUCAGCACCUGCCGCUCAGCCCGCUCGUGUCAGGACUUCAGAAGACGGUAGUGAACAUCCUGAGGGUGUCCCUGUCCUGGCUGGAGGAAACAGAGCAGCUGCUCGGGGACCUCGACAUCGAGCUCUCGGAUUCUGACAAAGGGUUCUCUCUGUGUCUGAUAUAUCUUCUGGAACAUUACAAGAAAAUUAUGAGCCAGUCCCAGGAUCUUCAGGCCCAGAUGAACGCCUCUCGGGAAACACAGAAGUCUCUGCGGCAGGAGCACCUGGCUGAGAAAGAGAAGCUGGCAGAGAAGCUGGAGCAAGAAGAGAAGCUGAAAGCCAAAAUCCAGCAGCUGACAGAAGAGAAGGCAGCUCUGGAAGAGAGCAUCGGUCAGGAGAAAAGCAGAUCGGAGGAGGCCCUGGAGAAGGCGCAAGCCCGAGUCCGUGAGCUGGAGAACCACUUGGCUAGUCAAAAGGAGGCCUUGGAGAACAGUGUGGCUCAAGAGAAAAGAAAAAUGCGGGAAAUGCUGGAGGCAGAAAGGAGGAAGGCACAAGACCUGGAGAAUCAGCUGACCCAGCAGAAGGAGAUCUCAGAGAACAACACGUAUGAGAAACUCAAGAUGAGAGACACUCUAGAGAAGGAGAAGAGGAAAAUACAGGACCUGGAGAAUCGCCUGACUAAGCAAAAAGAGGAGAUAGAAUUAAAGGAGCAGAAAGAAAACGUCUUAAAUAAUAAAUUAAAAGACGCCCUGGUCAUGGUAGAGGACGCUCAGCAGAUGAAGACAACGGAGAGUCAAAGAGCCGAGACGCUCGCUCUGAAGUUAAAGGAAACAUUAGCAGAGCUAGAAACAACCAAGACGAAAAUGAUCCUGACGGACGAUCGGCUGAAGCUGCAGCAGCAGUCGAUGAAGGCCCUGCAGGAUGAGCGGGAAUCCCAGAAGCACGGCUUCGAGGAGGAAAUCUCAGAGUACAAAGAGCAGAUCAAACAGCACUCGCAGACCAUCGUGAGCCUAGAGGAAAGGCUCUGCCAAGUGACUCAGUACUACCAGAAGAUAGAAGGGGAGAUCACAACGUUGAAAAACAACGAUACAGGACCGAAGGAGGAAGCCUCCCAAGACCUUACAGCAGGACCCCCCCUGGACAGUGGUGACAAAGAAAUAGCGUGCGACCAUCUGAUAGAUGACUUACUAAUGGCUCAGAAGGAAAUCCUAUCCCAGCAGGAGAUAAUCAUGAAGCUGAGGACUGACCUCGGGGAAGCUCACAGCCGGAUGUCAGACCUGAGAGGGGAACUAAGCGAGAAGCAGAAGAUGGAGCUGGAGCGGCAGGUGGCCCUGGUGCGACAGCAGAGCGGGGAGCUGAGCAUGCUGAAGGCGAAGGUGGCGCAGACGACUGGCCUGAUGGAGAAGAAGGACAGGGAACUGAAGGUCCUCAGGGAGGCGCUCAGGGCUUCCCAAGAGAAACCCAGACCCCACCUGAGCACGGAGCAGAAGCCUAGGACUCUGAGCCAGAAGUGUGACAUCUCAUUGCAGAUAGAACCAGCCCACCCAGACUCAUUCUCCAGCUUCCAAGAGGAGCAGUCCUUCAGUGACCUGGGGGUCAAGUGCAAAGGGUCUCGACACGAGGAAACCAUCCAGCGGCAGAGAAAGGCCUUGUCGGAACUCCGAACGCGAGUCAGAGAACUGGAGAAGGCCAACUCCUGCAAUCAUAAGGACCACGUGAAUGAAUCGUUCCUAGAGCUCAGGACCCUCCGGAUGGAAAAAAAUGUACAGAAAAUAUUAUUAGACGCAAAGCCCGACUUGACAACUCUCGCAAGAGUAGAGAUCCGACCGCCUCAGAACAGCCCUUUCAACUCGGGCUCCACCUUGGUCAUGGAGAAGUCCGUGAAGACAGACGCUGGGGAAGCCUUAGAACUCAGUGAGAAGCUGUACACGGACAUGAUCAAGACGCUCGGCAGCCUGAUGAACAUCAAGGACAUGUCCAGCCACACGUCCCUGAAGCACCUCUCACCCAAAGAGCGGGAGAAGGUCAACCACCUCCGACAGAAGGACCUGGACCUGGUGUUUGAUAAGAUCACUCAGCUCAAGACCCGGCUUCAGAGGAAAGAGGAGCUCCUGAAGGGAUACGAGCAGGAACUGGAACAGCUCAGGCAUAGCAAAGUGUCCGUUCAGAUGUACCAGACGCAGGUAGCCAAACUGGAGGAUGACGUUCACAAAGAGGCAGAGGAAAAGGCGCUGCUGAAGGAAGCCCUGGAGCGCACAGAGCAGCAGCUGAGCCAGGAAAGGAGAUUCAACAGGGUCUUCAAGCAGCAGAAGGAUCGAGGAGAGGAUCCGGAGCAGAGAAACAUGUCCUACAGCCCCUUCAAAGACAAUGAGAAGCAGAGACGCUUGUUUGUUGAGAUGGUCAAGAGCAAGAUGCAGAACUCAAGUGUCCAGGCUGGAGCCAAGAAAGCCACCCUGAAGACAGGCCAAGAGAGAGAGACAAAGAAGGAGGCAUACAAGUCGACCCAGAGCCUUUCAUUUGUUAAACCCGGAGGAAAGAACUAGAAAACACACUGUCCCAGGGCUUCACGCGAUCCUGAGUCGGUAUGACUCUCCAGUAACAAGUACUGAGGGACCUUUGUGAUGUGUUGAAGAUGGAUGCUUGGAUGCCUUGCAUUCUAGAUUAAUAUUUUCCAUAGAACUUUGGAGUGUAUAAGGAGGAGACUUUUAAAAAUUAUCCAUAAAUGUAUGUAUAUACAUGCACAUAUAUAAAGAAUAUGUCUAUAAUCCAGACUCCUUCGGCUUGUGGAUGCAGUUGUUCACAUGUGGGUUAUGAUGCACCCAAGUUCUGGCUCCUCUAAGGAGCUCCAGAGAGACCCAGCUGGAGCCAUGGGGCAACAGGGAUGCUUCAAGCCGUUGGCCACAGUAUAAUGAAUUUAUAUCUGAGUUUAUCAUAAUAAAUUUAGAAUGCCAAUCAAUUCUGUCA